AUGGAAGUAGAGAAGCAAGCCAAGAUGCCAGAGAUCGAGGCUGCCAAUGCCAAGACCAAGGCAAAAGAAGUGGCUCUCGCUAGCAUGAUGACGGGGGUGGAGAUCAUGAAGGUGGAUCUCAACACCGUGUCGCCAAGGAAGAGGUCGUGGUUCGAGAAGAUGCAGGACGACAUGCUCAAAUUGUUUCGUCAAUAUCGCAAUGCUCCAAACGAAUUUGAAGUGAAAAAAACGUUUCCUACAGCCUUACAAGAACGCGAGGUUUCCUCCGCCGCCUCGCCCCCAACCCUCUGCACACCGCCGCACCCUCAUCCCUCAGCCGCCGCGCCCCAGUCCCUCUGCUCGCCGCCGUGCCCCCGUCCCUCCACCGCCACGCCCCGGUCCCUCCGCUCCGCGGUGCCCGUCCUUGCUCUGCCGUCGCCGAAUCUGGACGAGAUCGACAGGAUCUGUCGCAUCUCCCAUGACAUCCAACCGCAGCUGCUCGUCGGCCAUGCGGGGAGGACGAACAAGCUGCUCGUCGGCCAUGCAGGGAGCACGGACGAGCUGCUCGUCGGCAUCCGUCCCACGGCCCCGCUGAAGACGGCGCCCAGCCCCCUCGACAGCGCAUGCGUCCUACUUGCCGCCUGGGUGCAAACAGCGACAACGAGUAGGCGGCAAGCAUACUGUGCCAAGAAGCGAUACAGAGGCAUGAAGCAAGCGAGAAGGUGUGCGCGGCGACCUGCUACUGCACUAAUAGUAGCCUUGACGGAGCACCGAGGCCGGCUCGACAGGGUGUGCCGCCUGUCGGUAGACAGCUGGUUGUGUGCGAGGGAGAUGAACCCCUCGUCGUCGCCUCUAUCGCUGCUAGGGAUGAACCCUGCGUCUGUGCUGGUGAUGGCGCUCUCCAUCUACUUUCUCCACUGGCUAUAAGAGAGUAGAGACCACAUCGUGGAUGUGUUUUUCUUC